GACUGCUCCACGCCACCGCCUGUCAGAUCCCCCAGCUUGGGUGCAAAGGCCAACAUUCCGGAAGUGGCGACUUUGUUGUCCUUUUUGGAGAAUCGGCCACUCGACGUCGAUCCGUUGACAUGGGCCCAGCUUUCUUGCAAGCCUCAACAGGUCGUGCGGCCACCGCCGGGACUUUGCGAACCAUGCUUUUCUGGCACCAAGCCCCGUCAGAAUGCGGAGGGCGCUUCCAAUGCGAGACACGCUGCCGGACCUUCCGCAUCUACGGCUUGUGCUCUAUCUUUGGCUCGCUGGCCUUUUCUGCAGGUUUCCUGCCGCUGAUCUUUGUGAGGACACGGGUAUGCUCCUUUAACUGGUCCCGUGCAAAAGCAUUCGUGUUGAUUGUUCGAGAUGUCGAGAGUCUGGAUCCCAACCCAGGCAGUCUGUUUGAGGAGAAGCUGCAGCUCCAUUUGACAAAGCAGUGCCAUCCCUGCAUAGCCUUCGCCUUCAAGAAAGAUCGAUGCUGGAAGGGCGAUGCGUGCUCCCAUUGCCACUUCUGCACAACGGAAGAAGCCAAAGUUCGCCGACGCGAGUUGCAGGAGCAGGCGCGGAAGCUCAAGCGUGUGCGGAAGGCCGUCGAGCGAGCAGAGCGUGGUGAGGAUGCUUCAUUGUGGCUUUGA